AUGGCUUCGACCAAGAACAGAGAUUGGGCCGACGACGAUGAGGGCGACGACGUCGCCAUCGAGCUCCCGCCCCCGCAGACGAUCCAGAACAAAGACGGCACCAAGACCACCAUCUCGUACCGGCUCAACGACCAAGGCCAGAAGGUCAAGACCACGCGCCGCAUCCGCCUCGUGACGCACCGCGAGGUCGUCAACCCGCGCGUGGCCGAGCGCAAGCACUGGGCCAAGUUCGGCCUGUCGGAGAAGGACGGCGCCGGCCCCCAGAUGGACACGACGUCGGUCGCCGAGAACAUCAUCUUCCGCCUCAGCACCAACUGGAAGAAGGACACCAAGGACGAGGCCAAGGAUCCCGACGCCAACGCCAUGAAGGACAAGCUCAAGGACAAGACCGUCAAGUGUCGUAUUUGUAACGGCGAGCAUUUCACCGCCCGCUGCCCCUACAAGGAUACCAUGGCCCCCGUCGGCGCCGAGGGUGCCGCCGGUGACGUCGCCGCGGGCAUGGGCGACGACGAGCAGCCGGGCGUUGGCGCUGCUGGCGCUGGCAAGAAGGGCAGCUACGUUCCGCCGGCGAUGAGGGGAGGCCCUGGCGGUUCUGCUGCGGCUGGCGAGAGGAUGGGUGGCAAGUACGGCGAGCGGGACGACCUUGCUACACUGCGUGUAACGAACGUCUCCGAGAUGGCCGAGGAAGGCGAGCUACGCGACAUGUUCGAACGGUUCGGCCGCGUCACCCGUGUGUUUUUGGCUAAGGACCGCGACACGGGUCUUGCGAAGGGCUUUGCUUUCAUCAGCUUUGCGGACCGGGGCGACGCCGUCAAGGCGGCCGCCAAGAUGGACGGCUACGGUUUCAAGCAUCUGAUUCUCCGCGUGGAGUUCGCAAAGAAGGCCGCCUAA